CUAGCGCGCCAGCUGCAUCCAGACGUGCCAGAGACGGGCAGCGAGGCCCGCUUCAAACGCCUCGUCUGGGCCUCUCGGGAGCUCGCCAGCGCGGCGGGCAGGCAGAAAUGGCGGGCGCGAGGCAGUGGUGAAGUCGUCAUGUCCCUGGAGGAGUACGAGCUGGAUAGCGAGGAUUUUGCCUUUGACAUGAAUGACUGGCCUUUCGAAGAGCUGGACGACCUAAUCCGAAUAUCUGAGGAGGCCGUCAACACGGAAAGCAUGUCAGACGUCCGCAGCAUUUGGGGCGACGACGGAUUCUCCGUGGAG